AUGACUCAGAUGGGACCUGCUACAUGUAGCGAGAGAAUAAAUGUUGGUAAAGCAUCAGACGAGCUUUCAUGUGCUGAGAACGGACAGAUUAUUCCUGCUAAGCAGACAUGUGUAUUUGAUAUUGACAAUGCGGGCUUUCCUCUGGGAUGUCGUGAUGGAAGUCAUCUUACUAACUGUGAAAACUUUACGUGUCCAAAUGAAACUGUAAAAUGCCCAGGUAGUUACUGUUUGCCGGUGCGUUUUGUAUGCGAUGGAAAUAUGCAUUGUGAAAGAGGACAUGAUGAAGAAAACUGCGGAUGUGAUGCGUCACAAAGUGAGACACUUAUUAUGUAUGAAAAAGGAACUGCGGAAGAAUCAUUCAUUAGUCAGUUUUCCAGACAGUUUUAUACUCCAACAAGUAUCGUCAGAAUAUUGCAGUUUGAAUCAUCAAAACCUUUGAAGUCAUUUGGCAUUGAUUCUACUCGAAUACAUGUUACAGACAGGCAAAUUGAUCAAAGAGGUGACGUAACACGGUUCCCCAAAUGUAAUUUCAAGGUAAUGUCAAGGGAUUUUCUCAAGUCUGUAAAAUUCACAAUGAAUGGAACAAAAGGAUUGAUAUAUAUUCAAAACAGUCCAGCAUCUAAAGAAGUCGCUGAUGAGAUGUUUGCAAACCUGGACGAUCUAGUUGGAGAUGUUUUUCUUUACAGUGUUACCCAAGACUUAAAUACUACAUUUGAUAAUCAAAUUGCUGUUCCAAAAAUUACACCUGUACGUGUUAGAAGGUGGAAAACAUUAACUGCUGUCGGGGCGGAGUAUUUUAGUGCUCUAUGUAAAGUUAACGCAAAGGCAAACUGUCACGGAAUGUAUAAAUGUGCUUCAAGUAAAAUUUGUAUACCACACGGACAGGUCUGUGACGGCUACAGACAUUGCAUCCAUGGUGAUGACGAAUCAUUAUGCGACUUUCGCUGCCCGUACUUGUGUUCAUGUCUCGGGUAUUAUGCUAACUGCAGCGCUACCGACUUUAGGUUGUCGGGGAUCAAAAACAUACCAAACACUGCCAGGAAUUUGGAUCUUAGUUUAAAUAACAGGCUAAACAGUGUUUUACAACAUCCUGUGCUAGAUUUCAUAUUUUUGUCAAUUUUAAAUCUAUCUAAGUGUGACAUAAAGGACUUAUCUCGUAAUGCUUUCAAUAGAUUAAGAAACCUUCAGUUAUUAGAUGUAAGUUAUAACAUAAUAACAACAUUACCAGAUCGCGUGUUUAGCAGUUUGACGAAACUUAGAGUGUUGCAUAUCCACGGAAACCAUUUUUUGUCUACAGUACAUCCGUACGCCUUUCGUAACCUAUUUCUUAUCCGUGAUUUGAAUCUAGCAAACUUACUCCUAACAAAGCUCUCGGCAUAUACUUUUGCUGGUUUAAAGUUGAAAAGCAUUGAUUUGUCUCAUAACAAACUAGAAGAUAUAGAAGCUUUUUCCUUCAGUAAUUUGUCGGUAAAUUUCAUAAAUUUUGAAGGAAAUACAAUAACCAAUCUUAACAAGAAAACAUUUACUGGAGUAGCUGAUUUGAAAGUACUUAAAACACCUUCUUUCAAGUUUUGCUGUAUCCGACCAAACUAUCUUGAUGAAAAUAAUUGUUUCCCAACACAAGACGAAUUUUCCUCCUGCGAAGACCUAAUGCGUCAUUCGGCACUUCAGUUUCUGCUCUGGCUGAUUGGCGUUUUGUCUCUGAUUGGAAAUUGCCUGUCUUUAAUAUACAGGCUAAAGGUAGACAGGAAGAGGCUGACACUUGGAUAUGGUAUAUUUGUAACGAAUCUGGCUGCAGCUGAUUUUCUUAUGGGAGUUUAUCUCUUGAUGAUAGCGAUAGCUGAUGCUGCUUUCAGGAAAAGGUACAUUUACGUAGAUGACUACUGGCGCGGAAGCUUUCUGUGUAAUCUUGCUGGUGUUUUAUCCACAAUAUCGUCAGAGUCCAGUGUGUUCUUUUUGUGUUUGAUAACAUUAGACAGGCUAUUAGUUAUCAAAUAUCCAUUUGGCACUAAAUUUUUCACCACAAAGAAUUCAGUUAUCUGUGUAAUAAUUGCAUGGGUUUUCUCAAGCUUCAUCGCAAUUUUACCAGUUGUGUAUGAAGGAUACUUCCAAAACAAGUUCUAUUCGAGAUCUGGCGUAUGCAUUGCUUUACCAUUGACAAGGGAGCGUCCUCCAGGCUGGGUCUACUCUAUUUUGAUUUUUGUAGUAUUGAAUUUCAUCACGUUCCUCCUGGUGGCAGUUGGUCAGUGGUCAAUAUUUUACGAAAUUCAGAAGUCUAGUGGAAUGGCUAAGACAGCUCAAACUUCACGAAAAAGAGAUUUGAAAGUUGCCAGAAAUCUACUCCUCGUGGUUGCAACCGAUUUCAUGUGUUGGUUUCCAAUUGGAGUAAUGGGUGCAUUAGCGCUUUCCGGCUAUGCGAUAUCUGGAGAUGUGUACGCAUGGGCAGCUGUGUUUAUACUGCCGGUUAACUCCGCCCUUAACCCGAUCCUUUAUACAUUAACAGCGAUCAUUGGAGGACAGGUAUGA